AUGGCCUCUGAAGACAACACGCGGCAGCCGCUUCGCACAUAUCGCGGCAACUGCCACUGCAAGGCAUUCGUAUAUGAGGUUCAACUACCUGAAAUCAAGGCAGUAAAGCAAUGCAAUUGCAGCAUCUGCCAUAAAAAGGGCUACCUGUGGGUGCUUGCCCAGGAGACUGGCCACUUCAAGAUUGUCAAGGGGGGUGAAGACACGCUCUCCAGCUAUACUUUCAACACCAAGAACCGUAUUCACAAGAACGGUUACGUUUGGAUGUACCCCCUCGACGAGCAGGUCGUUCUCCACGCCGAGGAGCCGGCCAAUAUCGGACGAUACGCCUUCUCCAUGCACAUGUUUAACAAGACAUUUUGUAAAAUCUGCGGUGUCAACCUCACCAACGAGUACAACGCCGACCAGAAUGAGGAACAGAAAGCCAGGCGCCCGGAACAAGCCGAGAAGUGGGAGGCAUGGGCACGGCGUCACCACCCUGUCAACCUUCGUGUGCUGCCCGAGGUGGACAUCUCCAAGAUGAGCCGGCGCUAUGGCAAAGGGUAUACAGGGAUACCACUACUAUACGAGAACCCGUGA